CCGGAAGGCUGCCUCCUGUACUGGGAAAACUGACAACUGAGUUUGACGAGGAGUCUUCUGUCCCGGUCGCGGUUUCUUUGGUCACUCUUGGGAAGAAAUGUCUUCUGUCAAAAGAAAUCCCAAAAGGGAAAUAAUUUCUGAACUCCACAGUUCAGCCGCAGAAGGAGACGUCGCGAAGUUAGCAGGAAUUCUCAGUCACUCUCCAUCUCUUCUCAACGAGACUUCUGAAAACGGAUGGACUGCUUUAAUGUAUGCCGCCAGGAACGGGCAUCCCGAUGCUGUCCAGUUUCUGCUUGAGAAAGGAUGUGACAGAUCGUUUGUCAAUAAAUCGAGGCAAACCGCCCUGGAUAUUGCGGUAUUUUGGGGUUAUAAGCAUAUAGCUAACUUAUUGGCUAACGCCAAAGGCGGGAAGAAGCCCUGGUUCCUAACCGGUGACAUAGACGGAUGUGAAAAUUAUUUUAGCAGAACACUGCUGGACCGGAGGAGUGACAAAAGGACUAAUUCUGACUGGCUGCAAGCUAAAGAGAGCCACCCCGCCACAGUUUAUAUCCUUUUCUCUGACUUGAACCCCCUGGUUACUCUAGGUGGUAAUAAAGAAAGCUCGCAGCAGCCGGAAGUCAGGCUCUGCCAGCUGAACUACGCGGACAUAAAGGAUUACUUGGCUCAGCCUGAGAAGAUCACCUUGGUGUUCCUUGGAGUCGAGCUUGAAAUGAGAAAAGGCUCCCACGCCCCUGCCUGCGGAGUCCCAGAGGAAGAGGAAGAUGGUUUGGUUGCAUGGUUUGCUCUUGGCAUAGAACCUGGUGCAGCUGAGGAGUUUAAGCAAAGACAUGAAAACUGUUACUUUCUCCACCCGCCAAUGCCCGCUCUUCUGCAGUUGAAAGAAAAAGAGGCUGGGGUUGUGGCUCAAGCAAGAUCGGUGCUUGCGUGGCACAGUCGAUACAAGUUCUGCCCAACCUGCGGCAGCACGACUAAAAUUGAAGAAGGUGGCUACAAAAGAGUGUGUGUUCGAGAAAACUGCCCUAGUCUCCAUGGCGUCCACAACACUUCUUACCCGAGAGUUGAUCCAGUCGUAAUUAUGCAGGUCAUCCAUCCAGACGGAACCAAGUGUCUUUUAGGCCGGCAAAAGAGAUUUCCCCCGGGCAUGUUCACUUGUCUCGCUGGAUUUAUCGAGCCUGGGGAGACAAUAGAAGAUGCUGUGCGGAGAGAGGUAGAAGAGGAAAGUGGAGUCAAAGUUGGCCAUGUUCAGUAUGUCUCUUGUCAGCCAUGGCCAAUGCCCUCCUCUUUAAUGAUUGGCUGUUUAGCUGUGGCAGUGUCUACAGAAAUUAAAGUUGACAAGAAUGAAAUAGAGGAUGCCCGAUGGUUCACUAGAGAACAGGUGGUGGAUGUUCUUACCAAAGGGAAGCAGCAAGCAUUCUUCGUGCCACCAAGCCGAGCUAUUGCACAUCAGUUAAUCAAGCACUGGGUUGGCAUGAACCCCAGUCUCUAAAUGAAAAAUGCUAGCCUCUGUCGAAUAUCACCUAAUUUUUAACACUACUUAUAUCUCAAGAAAGAAUAGAUAUAUUUACUGAUCUUUAGAAUAUUUUAACAUAAAACUUGGGAGCUUCAAAACUGUUUUCAGUGUUCUUUCCAUUAUUAACUACAAAAUUCACAGUUUUAUAAAAUGGAAUGAUGCCUCAAAUUUUUUCAUAAAUUUGGAGGCAGCCUGUGAACAUUUUUGUUGUGUUUCCCAAUUUUAUCUCAGAAAACUAAUUGUAUGUCUACCAAGAAAGAUCAUGUUGGGAUGAAGUGUGCUCCAGAAAUGAGAUAAACCUUAAUCUUUGUAAAGAGUGGACCCUUUAUUGGAGAUAUGUGUCAAGAUAACUUUGGUGAAUUUUGAGCGUCCAUAAUAUUUAGUCAUCCAGUUAUCAUCCUCCUGGUCUUUUGUCUACUGGUAGUACUGUUGUACUAUUAGUCCUAGUUUGAUAUGACCAGUGUUGAAAAUUAUUUUAUAAUUAUAAUAAUUAAUGUCAGUAUUCACUUAUAAAAUACAGUAGCUUGGCACUAACCUUUCUCAUCAUAUCCUCAGAGCCUUAAGUAGCACACCUUAGAAUGGGGCUGCUCAGCUCUAUGGAUAGUUAGUGCAGCAUUUCAGUUUUACAAUAUAGAUGCAUAUAUUUUACUUGAUUGUCCUGCAGUUGUCUUAACUAUAUAAAUUUACAUAUGUUGCCUCUUUUUCUAGUCUGGUAGAACUUGAAGAGAGCAUGAACACAAUAGAUGUUGAGCAUCAUCAUUUUAAUAGUAUGCAUCUAAGACCUAGAUCUCCAGUGCAGCAGGAAACAGAAGCUAUUACUAAAAGUAUCUGUAGACUAAGGAGCCAGAAAAAUGACUUGGUCAUUAAGGUGCUUGCUGUGCAAGCAUGAGUCCUUGAGUUCAGAUUCUCUGCAACCGUUUCAAAAGCUGUGUUCGGCACCAUCCAACUCUAACCCCAGACCUAAAGAGGCAGAGAUGUGAGUAUCCCGAGGGCUUGUUGGUCAGUCAGUCUGGUGACUCACUGAUUGGAAUAACAGACCUUGUCUCAAAACGUAAGGUGGAAAGAUGGAGAUGGAUCCAAUGUGAAGAGCACCUGUCAUUCCUGUGGAACCAGGGUUUAGUUCCCAAGGUCCUCCUCAGACAGGACACAACCCCCUGCAGCUACAACUUCAGGGUAUCCAAUACCCUAUUCUGGCCUCUGCAAGCGUCUACAUGAGCAUUUACCGAAGACACAGACACAUAAAUAGAAAGAUUGAAGAACACACCUGACUUCUGUCUCUGCCCUACACCCCCCCAACACACACACACGUGUGUGCACACAUUCCCACACACAGGCAUACACACACAGUAAGUGAAAAAAGUGAUGAUAGGAAGAAUGAACUUAGCUUAUUAGAUGUUUUUAAUUGAAAAUUUAAGUAUAAGGCUUAACAUUUAUUUAACCUAAAUAAUGUAACUUUCUUAGAGAAUUUACUUUACUAAUGAAUACUGUUGCUUAGCAGUUAAUGAAGCUUUAUUAAAAUCAGUGCUUUGACCAAAAUAGGACCUACACAGAACAUUUAUAUAUGUGGUAAUUUGGACCUAUAUAAUUAUGUUAAAAGUUAUACUUUGAGUAUUAUGAAAUAUCAGUUGAAGUUCAUCUUUGCUCCAAAUAUGCUUUUAAUAUUUGUCCAUUCUUAUAUUACAUUAUAAACUCCCCACGUCAUUAAUGUUAAAUGGCAAAGUAAAAUACACAUGUUAAAAAUGUACAAAUUUAGUUUUAAAUUCCUACUGUACUUGGGAAAAUUAGUGAGUAAAUUACUGUUUUUAAUAAUCAUUCCUAAGUUUUGACAUUGGAGAGGUGAGGAUACACUGUAAAUAUGAAAGGUUGCUACCUUAACCAGUUCUCAAGAGGCAAUAGAUAUCAAUGUAACAACACAUUAAAAUAUACUCUGUGUAUGGUGUGUUUUAAAUGUUUUGAUGAAUUUUUUGACAGAAGUAUAAAUUUUAGUCUGUAUCAUUGGUUUAUUAAUGGUGUCCAUAAGCAAAUGUACAAAUCUCUCUCUUUUGUUUUUGAGCUUUGAUUUCACUGUAGCCCAACCUAUAUAAUUCUUGGAUUACAGGUGGGAUCCACUAUAUCUGGCCAAAGAAUUAAAAUUUUGAUUUGGUGCACAAACUUAGCCCAAGAGUAAUUUACUUGUGCAAUGCCUCCAAGGUAUUGGGUUUAAACCCAAGCAUUUUUUUAAUGUCUAUUUUGAAUCUUAAGUUUUGUAGUUUGGGGUAAAAUGUGUGAACAAACGGGUUUGUGAGAUCUUACGUUGUGAAUAAUUAAAGUCUUCAGACUUAAAGCUAUGUAUGUAGCACAGUCUACCUUAA